AUGCCAAAAUCAAAAGGUUCCCAGACAAUAAAAGGAACCAAAGCUGAGAGCUCUUCUCUCUCAAAGAAAAACCUAAAAUUAAAUACCCCUUCUAUUUCCCUUCUACCAAAAUGUACUCGCAAAUCAACCAUGAAACCUACCGUCAACACGUCGACGUUUUCUUCCACAGACCCCAAAACCGGGGAAAAGGUCGAGUUUGCUGACAAAACCAUGCGAGCUUAUAUCAUUCUCGCUGAAUCUUGUGGUUGGAAAAAUGUUGACGGCACAAUAUUUCCUAUUUCCGUGGCGAACCUUUGUAAUUAUAUUCGCACAAAAAAAUCCACCAAUAACUUGCAAAGUAUCAAAUGGUACCUCACGGGAUUCAAGAAGUAUCAUCAAAAUUUCCUUCACAAUCGAGAGUGGGAUGCCGUUUGUAAACAUCCAGAUGUGAUAGAUUUACUGAAUGAGCAUGAAACAGAAGAAACAACAAAAAGAGCUCAUGGAAUUUCGAAUAAUGAAAACCUUGAAAAGUCAAAGAUUCGCGAGCAGCAAAGCAUCAAUGGAUAUAAAAAGAGUGUAGAAUUUUUUACGGAAUUAGAGUUUCCAUCGGUGAACUUUGAAUUUUCAGAGAAGCAAAUAUGUGGUUCUCAAGGACUUCAAAGUUUAGGAUCGAUUCCUACAUUCAUGAAUGGCAUUAUUUCUCAAAGUACAUCAGUAAUAGUGAACACAACCGAAAGCAAUGACGAGGAGAGGGAAAUGUGUGAAGAUAGCCCUCAAGUUGGGAACGGUUCCCCUCGGAAAAGUAUUGCCCUGCGCAGGAGUCAUCGCAUCGGAAAUAGUAAGUCUGAAGAUCUUUAUGAGGAACCCUUGAGCUUCAGGAGUCGAUUCAAAGCAGCCCUUGUGGGCUUAAAGGCCAAGUAUUCGGGACAUUGUAGUCAUCAUCCUAAAGGAUGUUUUCUGGUAGGAAAAAAUAGGCACUUUAUUAUUACUGAUCAAUUGUUCAAGAGGUGGGCUUCGUUGUGUGCAUCGGGUGAAGAUGUAACUAUUAAUCAUUUACCUGAUUCGGAAGACUUGACCGAAUUUUCUGUCAAAAAUGCUGUUUGGAUAAUCUAA